AUGCAUUACGAAUUUCAAAGAGUCGAGCAAGUCGGUGGUGAAGAUAUGUUCGAUUGUCAGAUACGGAUAAGAAAGUUCAAUCGAACUGCUCCAGUCAUAACUGGUCCCACAACAUUUUUUGUAGACAUGGACAAUACCUACACGCUCGAAAUGAAAUCCGCGUACAGCCCACUUGGCAACAAUCAGUUCAACGAGUAUCCCAUGAGUUUGAAGAAGCAAAAUUUGUGCGACUUCGCCAACACAACCUACCGAGAGUAUCAGGAAUUUUUGAAAGAACCUGGAUCGAACUGGACCCAGCUCACCGGAGAAGGAUUGUGUCCAUGGCCCAAGGGGACUUACAGCUUCAACGAUUUGUACCUGACAGAUACCAGUCCUGUUCCGCCGGUUAUUCCUUCCGGAUUGUGGAGAGCUACCUUUCUUUACCAAGGGCCAAACAAUCAAAAGGGUGCCAUGCAGUUUUUCAUAAAGGUGUGGUAUUCAUAA